CUGCCAUUGGCUUUACAGCACCAGAGAGGAGAGGAGAGGAGAGGAGAGCUGAGAGCUUGGAGCGAAGAACAUUUUCCCUUCUCUUCUCCUCGUCGGGGUCGUCGGUUCUCCUCCACCAUCUCGUUUCUGAUUCAACUCUCUCUCUCUCUCUCUCUCUCUAAUCAAAUUCCUUCGAUUGUUUCAAUCACCUGCAAAAACCCUAAUAGCUAUGCAAGAGGCCGAGCUCCACGACCUCUCCGAUGAUGCUGAUUACGCUGCUUCUCAGCUCCAGGGUUCAGUCUACAUGACGCGAAGCGACAGCACCAAGACGAGCUCAACCACUGAGCCUGAGGGAGCUGAAGUGGUCUAUCUGAAGGACAAUGUGACAAUUCACCCCACUCAGUUUGCCUCCGAGAGGAUCAGUGGCAGGCUCAAGUUAAUCAAGCAAGGAUCCUCUCUUCUUAUUAUGAAUUGGAUACCUUACAAGGGGCAAAACUCGAACGCCCGACUCUCUGAGAAAGAUAGAAAUCUUUACACAAUAAGAGGCGUUUCUUUCACGGAUGUGAGGUCGAUUCGCCGGCACACUCCGACGCUUGGGUGGCAGUACAUCAUUGUUGUUAUGUCCUCAGGACUUGCAUUUCCUCCUCUUUAUUUCUACAGUGGAGGAGUCAAAGAGUUCCUUGCUACAGUAAAGCAACAUGUUUUUCUUGUGAGGUCAGCAGAAGAUGCGAACGUGUUUCUUGUGAAUGAUUUUGAAAAUCCUCUGCAGAGAACCUUAUCUUCCUUGGAACUGCCGAGGGCUGUUUCUGUUGCAAAUGUGCCUCUGCCGUCAACAUCAACGCCUCUUGGAGAGUUGCCUCCGAAUGAAAACCAGGACGCAGGUGAUGGGAGUAGAAGUUCCAGUUCUUCUCUAUAUAAUGGUAGGACGAGGCAAAAGGUCCAUGAUCCUGCUCGGGAUAUCUCAAUUCAAGUAUUGGAGAAAUUCUCCCUGGUGACGAGGUUUGCACGUGAGACAACUUCACAACUCUUCCGCGAAAGCCUUAACAAUGGAUUCGCCGUGGCAAAUGAGAGGAGAGCUCACGGUCUGUCCCCUGUUAAUUCCUCUCACAAGCUGGUGCAUGAGGCAGAGAAGGCACCUGAGGAGGUGCCUGUUGCUCCUGACCCUAUCGAGUUUGAUAAGCUGACGCUAGUAUGGGGACAGCCACGACAAGCACCUUUAGGAUUGGAAGAGUGGGCAACUUACUUGGAUUCUGAAGGACGAGUAAUGGAUUCUAAAGCCUUGAGAAAAAGAAUAUUUUAUGGAGGAGUUGAUCACCAUUUAAGAAAACCGGUCUGGGCAUUCUUACUGGGAUACCAUGCCUAUGAUUCAACAGAUGCUGAAAGGGAUUAUCUCAAGCGCGUUAAGAAAACAGAGUAUGAAACCAUAAAACGGCAGUGGCAGAGUGUCUCUGCAGAACAAGCAAAAAGGUUCACCAAGUUCAGGGAGAGAAAAGGCCUUAUAGAGAAAGAUGUGGUGAGGACUGAUAGGUCAAUCUCCUUCUAUGAAGGAGACGACAAUGUCAACGUGCAUCUUCUGCGUGAUAUUCUAUUGACAUAUUCAUUCUACAACUUUGAUCUUGGGUAUUGUCAGGGUAUGAGCGACCUACUGUCACCAAUAUUGUUUGUCAUGGAAGAUGAAUCGGAAUCAUUCUGGUGCUUUGUUGCUCUGAUGGAACGUCUUGGACCCAAUUUCAACAGAGAUCAGAAUGGCAUGCACUCUCAACUUUUUGCCCUGUCAAAGCUGGUGGAGUUGCUGGACAGUCCGUUGCACAACUAUUUUAAGCAGAAUGACUGCCUGAACUAUUUCUUCUGUUUCCGCUGGCUUCUGAUUCAGUUCAAGAGGGAAUUCGAGUAUGGGAGAGUGAUGCGCCUGUGGGAGGUCCUCUGGACGCAUUAUCUGUCAGAACAUCUUCACCUCUAUGUUUGCGUUGCUAUCUUGAAGCGCUACAGGAACAGGAUAAUGGGGGAGCAGAUGGACUUUGAUACCUUGUUGAAGUUCAUUAACGGGUUGAGUGGGGGAAUCGAUCUCGAUGCUAUCCUCAGGGAUGCUGAGGCACUGUGCAUCUGUGCUGGGGAGAAUGGUGCUGCUUGCAUCCCGCCAGGAACCCCACCGUCGCUGCCUAUCGAGAACGGGUUACUAUAUGCACAGCAAGAUGAUGAGGUCUUGUAAAUACGAUUAGCAUUACCGCCUUCGUUUUGUUGUUGUUCUAGAAACCGUGGGGGAAGGGGUUUUAGAGCAGUCAGUCGGGAUUUUCUGGAAUCAACUCUCCUUGCGUCCUUUCCUUUUUUCUUUUCUUCUACCUUUCUCUCUCUCUCUUUUCUUUUUCUUUCUUUCUUUUGUCUGUACGUACUCGGUUUGGUGAAAUUGAUGAAACAUAAUUGGAAUAGCGAUGCUAAUGAAUGCCGUGCAAUAUAAAUACA